AUGAGCUUCUCGCCGUUUCCACCAGGUCCAGCACCGCAAACUUCAGCGGCGGCCGAAACAUCGCCAGCACAUGGAGCGACGUCCGCGACACCUUCGUAUGGUGCCUAUCCCGCUUCGCCUCCUGCGCACGCCAACGAUGGACCAUUCUCCUCGGCCGCUGCAUACAGAGGCAGCACCUCGCCUCCCAUCUCUCCGCCGCCCGUUUCGCCUCCACCUCGUGGCACUUCUUCACCGUUCGCCGCCCACCCUGCAGGUCUCAACGGUGCCAUCGCUGCUGCCGGCUACGAGCGUGCUUCUCCCCUCAAGAGCCCACCACCUGCAUCGAGCCUCGUGAUUCAGGAUCCGGCUAUGCCCGCAUCGUCGCCACCCGCUUCAACAGAGUCCACUGCUGCACCGAACCGCGCCGCCGCCGCCGCUGCCAGGAACACGGGCGACACCCGCUCAGCCAAGUCGAAACGCGAUGGAACCGCGUCCAUCUCCAAAUCUGCCCGAAGUAGCGCUACCUCCUGGCUAUACGGUGGACCCGACUCAUUUAUCCGCGUGCCCUCGCGCAACGCUUUGGCCUACAUCCUCGUGAGCACCGUCGAAGCUGUGAUCGUCGUCACGCUGGUCGCGUUCAUUUUUGCCAAGAUCGUUUCCGAGGUGGACAACAUCACGCAGAACCUCAAAACCGUGUCAGUGUAUCUGGCCGUAUUUGUGUUUGGAUGCGUAUUCCAGGUGUUGAUCGCGUGGGAUGCGGUGCGGCUCAAGAACACGAUACAGUUGAUUGGCGUGUUGAUCUUCAACAUUGCCUUGACGAUCACGGCGGCGAUCGAGAUCAGGCAGGUGCGGGAUGCGUUGGAUGCGCAGGACCGGAUUGCAGGUGGCUUUCCGUGUCCUGAUGAUCCGGACCGGCUGUGCCGGGCAAAAUCGCUAUUUCCGUCGGUGGAGCGGUAUCUGAUUGCGGUGACGGCCGUAUGCUUCGUGAUCGAGUUCUUGCUUGCAUAUCUGACGUUCAAGCUGUGGAAGGAGUUUGGAUGGGUCAUCUACCAGAAGAUCGGUGCCGACCUCAGAGUGCGGAGGAUGUUCUUCUGGUACCAGCUCUUUAUCGUCUUCCUCAAGUUUACCUUUUUCUUCGGUGUCGGGUUUACCGCGAUCUAUCUCAUCCUCGUCGCGCAGACCACGGACUGGGAGUACGGCGUCACGAUUGCCGCUGUGCCCAUCUCGAUUGUGGCGCUGUUUGUUGCGGGAUUCGCGGUGCGCAGGGAGUGGACGAGCCUGAUGGUGCUCUCGCUGUUCUUGAUGAUUGCUGGGCUGGUGUAUUUCGUCUAUAAAGUGACCCAGGUCUGGGUGCCCGCGACGAGGGACCAGUAUACGUACGUGCAUACGACGAUCACGUUCAUCUCUGGGUUUGCCAUCGUCUCGUUGGCGCUGACGUUGCUGAUCGGGUUCGUGUGCCUGUUCAACUUCCACAAGGGGCUCAAGCCGGCGCACGAUGCGAUCGGCACGUUUGGCGGCGUGCAUCGACAGCGCGCGCGGACGGAUCGUGGAGGCACAGCGGACGCGGACGGCGGCGUGUUGGAUCUGGACGGCAAUGUGGAACCGAAGGAGUACUCGGACGCGCCCUCGCCUCCUCCGAAUGGGGCAGGUUUGCAUCGAGGCAGUGUUGUACCUGAUCCACGCUGGGAUAGCGCCGUGGGCUACACGAACCCGGUGUAUAGCGGCUAUGGAGGGUUGGCAGAUCAUCGUCCAAGUGGGGGUCAGCCUUUCGCUCAGCCGAUCCCGGCGUCGAUGUCGGCCAGUACAGGAAUGUACGCUCCGCAACCCGUUUCCGCAGCGCUGCAACUAGGCGCUCUUGGCCCAGCGCAGUUUUCACCACCGCCAGUGCAGCAGUAUCACCCGCACCACGAGCAACACCAGCAACAGCAAGUGCCGAGUCAGGCCUUCCUAGAUGCCCACCAACCUAGGCCCUCCGCUUCCCGCAUCUCGUUGGACUAA